CUCUGUAGGUCAUUCUUUGGGCUCUUUUACAUUCCUAUCCCUCUUUGGGAUCUCUGUAGGUAAUUAUGUAUGUUCUCUUAUAUUUACACCCCUUUAUAAGGUCUCUGUAGGCCACUCUGUAAGUUCUCUUAUAUUUCCAUCCCUCUGUGGAAUCUCUGUAAAUCAUUCUGUAAGUUCUCUGCCUACCGUGUGCAUCAUUCUCAGUUCUGCCUACACUCAGCUGCAUUCUUUCUGAUUUUCUUCUCUAUACUUCAUUUCCACUGUUUUGAACUUUUAUUGCUUGCUCUCACUUCUCAGUCCAAAUGUAGGUAUUUUUUCUGGUGUUUAUUUCUGAGCAAGCUUAGUCAAUUCCAGUUUCUUUCAUUGCCUCCCUUGUCUACAUAUUUCAGCUUGUCAUUCCUCACCUCCGUGUGUUCUAAUCUAAGCUUUGUCUUUCUCUUAACAUUCCUGUAUCCCAAGUGUUUUCUUAUCUGUACGACUUGGCCACAAUGGUUUUGGUCACUAAGACUAUUUUACUGUGGCUGAUUGGAUUUUUGGGUCUGCAAGGGCAGGCCCAGCACCUGAACUUGAUUCAUGAGUCACAAGGGAAUCAAACAUUGGUCUUGGAAAUCAAUGCAACCAUUCGUAAAUUAAUGAAUGCUAGCCACGAGGAAACCGCCUUCCAAAACACAAAUGAAACAAGACGUCUUAACCGUUAUGGUGAAAAGGUGAAACUCAUAAUUAAGCAAGAAAAUUUGGUGAAGAAAUUAAAUUUUAAAGGAUCCAAAAAUUCAAGUACCAACCGCUGUGGUGACAAGUGCUGCCCGGGUUGGACUGUAGCCCUAAAGACUGGAACGUGUACACGAGCUGUGUGCACCCCAAAAUGUAAAAAUAGGGGUGUAUGUAAGAAACCACAGAAGUGCGUCUGUAAGAUUGGCUUUGAGGGGUCUUAUUGUGAGAGACGAAAUUCUGCAUUAUCUACAAGAUCAUCAACGGUGGAAAAAGUCAACACCUUUACCCCAACAUCUCUGAAAAUAAUGACUGAAUCCCAGGAUGUAAAGGACAGUUCAGGAGAUCCGAGUUCUGCAGAACCCCCUAGAUUUCAAUCACAAUUUCAAUUUUUCACAACAAUAUUGCCGACUACAACUACUGAGCUGGCCUUGCCCACAGUGGCCUCAGACCUGAAGUCAAGUGAUAGCCAGAUAUUCAAAGACUCGCCUAGGAAUGGCACGUUUCUGAGCUGGCAGCCACUCACGGUGCAUGAGCUGAAGUCCAUUCUGCAGAGGAAGGGGUUUGCAGCAAAGGAUAAGAUGACCACUUUACUUACAAAACAUUUGGAAACACAGAAGACUCAAACAGCCAAAGAGAAUGAGAAAGGGAGACCGCGGACCCCCAAUGCUAUACGCACCCCGAAAGGAGAAUUUAAUAUUCACAGGCAGAUCCAGAAUAGUGCCUCUGGACAGGUGGAGAAGGUCAGAGUCAUGUUCACACCUAUGAUCUGCCGCGUGCACUGCGUGGGGGACCGCUGCAGGAACCAGUGCGAAAAAGGGAACAUGACCACGGUCUACAGCGACGAGGUCGCCAAGAACAAUGGGGAGAACGGAUUUCGAGCCUUUCUUUGCCCUAUGCUGUGCAAGAAUGGUGGUGUAUGUAUAAAGAAGGACCAGUGUUUGUGCCCACCGAACUUCACAGGGAGAUUUUGCCAAAUUCCGUUAUCUCCAGGAAAUGGGAUAGCUGCUUAUACCAUAAGGAACAGCAGCGAGGGGCAGAAUUCACAAAUGAAAUCUGUGCACACUUUGCCUUUAUCCAACCACCAGCCAGAAAAAGACGGCCUUAUUUCUGUUGUGAAUGUCCACGUUAAACACCCUCCAGAAGCCUCUGUGAACAUCCAUCAGGUGGAGAAAGUAGAUGGUCCUGAGGGCCAGGCAAAUGGCGGAAGCAGGGUUGCUUCACCAAAUCAGAGGAUCAGAAUCCCUAUACAUAGAGUACAGGCUCAGAGUAGUCCCAGAAUCAAUGGCUACUCAGAAACAUCUGGCUAUGUGUACUGCUUCAGACGACUAGACAAUGGACAGUGCGCAUCACCUUUCCCCGGCCUGAUGACUCAGGAAAUCUGCUGUCGGGGUUCUGGAGUAGCUUGGGGCAUCCAUGACUGUACCCCCUGCCCCGGAUACCAAGAUGGGGCCGUAGUUGGCAUUUUUUCAGAAUCCUCCUGUCCUAAGGGAUAUAGCAGAAGCAAUGGAACAUGUAUUGAUAUUGAUGAGUGUAAAGAUCCAUCCUUUUGUCAAAAUGGAAAAUGCAUCAACACUAGAGGGAGCUUUUCCUGUAUGUGCAAAGAAGGAUAUCUUCUGGAUGCCUCACGAAGCAGCUGUAUAUCCCAUCAUGUGAUCUCAGAAGUUAAGGGCCCCUGUUUCCGGAUUUUGAGGGAAGGUGGUUGCUCUCUCCCUAUCCUCCGCAACAUUACCAAACAGAUCUGUUGCUGCAGUCGCGUGGGCAAAGCUUGGGGCAAAGCAUGUGAAAGCUGCCCUUCCUUUGGUACAGAUGCUUUUAAGGAGAUCUGCCCUGCUGGGCCUGGAUACCAUUACUCUGCAUCAGACCUGAAAAUCAACCACCGUUUUGUGGGACAUGAUCAGGCCAUAGUACCAGUACAGCGUCAAGCUGGAUCCAGGACGUCUGUAACCACUGCAACUCCACCCCAGAGGCCCGUCACAAGUCGUCUCAUUGUGGAGGACAGGAGGCCUGAUAGAGAACAGACCGGAGUGCAAGUCCCGGACCAAAGGAUAACUGACAGAAUACAGAUUUAUCGACCAGACAGGACACAAAUACAGAUAAACAGACCUUCGGUUACAAUUGAAAGACUUUCUCCUACCUCUCCACCAGAAGGUGUGGACACUGAGGUAGAGGCCCCAUCUCAGGAGUCGAAGUUGUGUGAGCUGAACCCACAGAUCUGCGGUCCUGGGCGCUGUGAACCACGUCCUGCUAGCUACACCUGUGUAUGUAACAACGGUUAUUGGUUGAGCACGCAGGGCACCCACUGUAUCGACAUGGAUGAAUGUCGGCAAAGGCCGAGUCCUUGUGCCAAUGGGCGAUGUGAAAACACCAUUGGCAGUUACCGAUGCGCAUGCUCUGCAGGUUUCAGCACCAAUCCACAAGGCACAGAGUGUACAGACAUUGAUGAGUGUAACAGCGGACAACAACUCUGCACCAAUGGAAGGUGCGAGAACACACCUGGCAGUUACCGGUGUGUCUGUCCAUCGGGUUUCAGCCUUAACGCACAGAGCAAGACGUGUGUAGACAUUGAUGAGUGCCGCCUGACUCCAAGACGCCUGUGUCUGAAUGGCCGAUGUGAGAACACACCUGGAAGUUACCGCUGCGUCUGUCUGCCAGGGUAUACCGCCAACGCACAGGGCACCGACUGCCAAGACAUCGAUGAGUGUCGACAAACACCGCGUCCUUGUGGAUCAGGCAGAUGCCUAAAUACUCCUGGCAGUUUCCGGUGCUCUUGUCCUGUUGGUUACAGGCUGAAUCCACAAAGCAAUGACUGCAUUGACAUCAAUGAGUGUGAGAAUCCCGGAGCCUGCGCUGGUCAAGAGUGUGUCAAUACACCAGGGUCAUUUCAAUGUCGCCAGUGCCGCCUCGGGUACAGACUCCAGAACCGGCGUUGUGUGGAUAUCAAUGAGUGUCAGACCGAAUCCACUUGUGGGCCAAGUGGCAAAUGUAUCAACACUGAUGGCUCUUUCAAAUGCGAAUGUGUGCCAGGCUUCCGUCUGAACAGCGAUGGAACUCGGUGUACAGACAUUAAUGAAUGCCUGGAAGGGGAAUACUGUUUUCCACGUGGUGAAUGCCAGAACACAGAGGGCUCCUAUAGAUGUGUGUGUGCAGAGGGCUUUGUUACCAGUCCUGAUGGAUCGUCAUGUGUUGAUAUGGAUGAAUGUCUGCAGGGAACAUUCUGCCAAGGGGGCCGGUGCACCAAUACCGUUGGGUCAUUCCAAUGUGCUUGCCCUACAGGACUUCGAGCCACUGCAGACAAAGUCAACUGUGCAGAUAUUGAUGAAUGUCAGGAGAGAGGGUCAUCUAUCUGUGGAAGUCAAACCUGUGAAAACACACUGGGAUCCUAUAAAUGUAUAGCCGUUUGUGAUGCUGGGUACAGGUUGACUUCAUCUGGUGACUGUGCCGAUAUCAAUGAGUGCGCCAAUUCAACUGUCUGCGGAGAAAAUGCCAUCUGUGAGAAUCUGAUUGGCUCUUACCGAUGUACAUGUAACUGGGGUCAUGAAAUGUCCAGUGAGGGACAAAAUUGCGUGGAUAUAGAUGAGUGUUUGGAAUAUGGGGAUUCCAUCUGUGGGUCUUUGCGAUGCCAGAACACCCCAGGAUCCUACAAGUGCGUAAGCGACUGUGAGCCUGGCUAUCAGUUGUCAUUAUCAGGGGACUGCACAGAUGUUAAUGAAUGUGAGACUCUACAAGGUGUGUGCGGGACAGCUCUAUGUGAAAACGUUGAAGGUUCCUUCCUUUGCAUUUGUCCAAAUAGCGAUGAAGAGUUUGAUCCAAUGUUUGGAAAAUGCAUACGAACGGCGAGUGCUGCACGACCUGCCUUUCCAAGCCAUUCUGGAGCUUCCCGUGUGGACUUUGUACCAACCUCAGGCUUAAAGGAAUGUUACUUCAACCUAGAGGACCCCAAUGUGUGUGAGAAUGUGCUCUCCAGAAAUGUCAGCCAGGCUGAAUGUUGCUGCACUGUUGGCAAAGGCUGGGGUCAGGGCUGCCAGAUUCAGAGAUGCCCCAGCAUGGAAUCAGCGGAAUACCGAAGACUGUGUCCAGAGGGAGUGGGCUUUUUUGCAUCAGGACAAGAAUACAGAGAUGUUGAUGAAUGCAAGCUAUUUAGUCCAGAAAUAUGUAAAGGAGGGGUCUGUCUCAACAAGUCUCCACUGUUCGCCUGCUACUGCCCUAAUGGAUAUUACUAUGAUGGUCAUCGCAUGGAGUGUGUCGAUAAUGAUGAGUGCCAGGAGGAGGAUGUCUGUGAAGGAGGCAUCUGUGUGAACACAGUGGGAUCUUAUUUCUGUACAUGUACCCCUCCACUGGUGCUCGAUUCUUCCCAGAGGAGAUGUGUCACCAAUACCAGCCAAGCCAUAGAUAACAAUAUAGCAUUGUGCUGGCAAGCAGUCGGUGCCGACUUGGUGUGUAAGCGCCCCCUACUGGACAGACAGACUACAUACACUGAUUGCUGCUGUCUAUAUGGGGAAGCCUGGGGGAUGAGCUGUGCCCUGUGCCCAGCAAGGGACUCAGAUGAUUUCGAGGCCUUAUGCAACGUUCUGAGAUCUCCAGGAUAUGGUAGUCCAGGAUCUCCUCCAGUAGACCCUUAUGAAUAUGGGUCAGAAUACGGAGCAGGCUAUGGUGUCCCAUAUGGAGCUGACUCAUUCCCCAAUCCCCCUCCUAGAGUGGUAAGACCAGGAUAUGAAGCUUACCCAGCACCUCCUGGAGUAGGAUUUGGCCAACGUCCCCCACCUUAUGGUCCUCGGGAUCCAGUGUAUAGCCUUCCUCCUUACGAGUCUCCAGACUUUGAGUCAGAUAUUUCCUAUCCAGAUUCUGGUAUAGAUGAACUAAGACCACCGUUCCGAAGACCAGAAAGUCCAUAUGACCCACGUCUGCAACCAUCUCCACCUCGCUCCAGGCCUAGGAGUCCUACCACUUCUAGGGUAGGAUUGGAAGAUGGGCGCAGACCUCAGCCAUGGCGACCUGGCGGACGUGACUUAGACAGCUGGAGAGCAGGCCUGAGAGAGGCAUAUGAUGACCGUUAUGAACAAUUUGAAGGACUACAAGCCGAGGAGUGUGGAAUCCUCAAUGGCUGUGAAAAUGGUCGGUGUAUCAGAGUUCCUGAGGGCUACACCUGUGACUGUUACGAUGGGUACAGGCUGGAUAUGACAAGAAUGGCCUGCAUUGAUAUAAAUGAAUGCGAUGAAGCUGAGGAUCUUUCUCUGUUGUGCCUGAACGGGCAGUGCCGUAACACCGAUGGCGCAUACGAGUGUAUCUGUCCCCGUGGAUUUGUCCUGUCCCCACAGAACUACUGUGUCCCCUCCCAGCAAUAAAUCCGUCCACUCCUAGGAGAACCAAAGACUUCCUGCAGGGGGCUGUUCUAUGUCCACAUCAUUGUGGGGACCAGGGGAUUGCAUGGAAAAUCCAGAGGAAGAUAUUUAUUUGUCUGUAUAUAUUGCCAGGUGACUAUUGGUCUCUUUAGUGCAGUCAGUGGUGGGCAACCCCUGAAAGUUUUUCUUUUUUUGAAUCUUAAUCUAUAUACUAUUUUACUUGUAAAAUGUGGGACUUUGUCCUCCCAUGUGUUGCCCACUGAUGUUUAUUUUCUGUCUUGAGGACAUUGCAAAUGAGAAAAAUUUUUGUAUUUUACAGUCACUACUAGCAAGCUUAUAUAAUGUUCCGUAAAUGCAAGAGUCAAACAGUUUUUUUUAAUAAAACAGUGUAGG